GGCAAGAAAUGUUGCAUAACCAAGAGUAGUGAGAACAGCUUCUCGGCUACAGAGACGAAGAUCAUCUCAUCUCACUCACGAGUCGGAGAAAAGCGUAUUAUUAUAAGGAAACCUUGAGCAACAUCAACUGUUCAUUGUGCUGUUCGAGUUGGACAGCUCUGCAUUCUCCGAGAAAAAACAUGUCAUUCUUUAACUAACUAUUUAGUGCUUAAUUAUUAUUUUUAUUUCUUGAUUCGUGUGAUAACUUGACAAAUUGAAAUAAGAAGACAGAAUCCGGCAAAAAACUAAGAUGGAAAAAACACCAGCCAAAGAACAACCCCAGCAAAUCCGAGUAAUACAAUUGGAGGAAAGAAAUACUGAAGAUGUCGUCUACCGAGUGGAAAAGGGCACGAUUUUAAAAUUCAGGCUCUCCACACCCCUCCACGGCCAUGCCGUUGAAUUAUUCUGCAACCAUCCUACGUCCCCUCUCGAAGAGUCAUUUGCUAGAGAAACGUAUCACAAAGUUGAUUGGGUGGUGCACAAGGAAAACGAAGAAACAUUCACCAGCUUGACCACUCUGGUUUCUGGAUGCUUUCAAUUCUACGUUCUGAAAGACGGAAAAAAGUCUGGGAGGGGUUACUUCUUAGUUGACCCAGUUCUGAGGAUCGGAAGCAACGAUGAAGUCUUGGCUCUGGACUCGAUCUGUUGUCAAAGUUUUUUUCCCAAGUCGUUGGGUCCGUUGUCAGAGUGGAAAGGGCGUCUUGAAGUUGCUCACCAAUCGGGGUACAAUAUGAUUCAUUUUACCCCCGUGCAGGAAUUAGGCAAGUCAAAUUCUUCCUACUCCAUUUCCAAUCAGCUCGCGUUGAACCCAAUCUUUGGGAAUGUCAAGUUUGACGACGUCCAGAAAGUAGUGAAUGAUAUGAAGCAAGAGUGGGGAGUCUUGUCGAUAUGCGACGUGGUAUUUAACCACACCGCGAAUGAGACGCCAUGGCUGAAAACUAACCCUGAAUCCGGUUACAAUCUGGUCAACAGUCCCCACCUUCGUCCCGCAUACUUGUUGGACUCUGUUCUCUCCGAAUUGAGUAGAGACAUUAGUCAAGAGAAAUAUGCGGAGAGAGGUCUUCCAUCAAAAAUCAAUUCUGAAGACCACUUGAAUGUGAUAAGAGCUCUCUUAAAGGAUGAAUUACUGCCAAAUCUAAAAAUCCAAGAAGUAUUUCUGGUCAAUGUUGACGAACUAGUUGAUAACUUUUCAAAAUUGGUGGAUGCUGGUCAAAAGCCAAAUCUCGAAAAUCUCGACGACCCAGACCUAAAAAUUAUUCAAGAUCCAACAUAUCGCAGAUUCAAAUCUACCGUUGAUCUUAAUCUGGCUGUCAAGAUGCACUUUUGGGAAAAACAUGGCGGUCAUGAUAAGAACGGGGCAAUCGAGUCCUUUCGGCAUCACUUGUACCGAUUAAAUGAAAACAUGUACAACUUGGUCCAGUCCCAUUUGCAUGCUGCCGUGGAGAAUGUAAUUGCUGGGGUGAGAUACGAACGAUUGCAGCAUGACGGACCCAAAUUGCCUCAGGUCACGGACAAAGAUCCGCUAAGCCACAGAUACUUUGUGAACGUCGUGGCACUCGAAGAACAUCAAAGUAUUGCUCAAGCCGAGAAAUUACUGGCGAGUGAAGAUGCUCACUUUGUCCUUGCUCACAACGGGUGGGUCAUUGGUGACGAUCCUCUCAGAAAUUUCGCCGAAGCAGGUUCCAACAUUUAUUUGAGAAGAGAACUAAUCGUUUGGAGUGACAGCGUCAAAUUGAGGUUUGGCCCGGGUCCAUCCUACUGCCCAUUCUUGUGGGACGUCAUGAAAAAAUACGUGGAAACGACCGCUACCGUUUUUCACGGCUUACGCCUCGAUAACUGUCACUCGACGCCAAUUCAUCUCGCAGAAUACUUGUUGGAUGCGGCGAGAAAUGUUCGCCCAGAUUUAUUUGUGGUUGCCGAGCUCUUCACCAAUUCGGACAGGACGGACAACAUUUUUGUUAAUCGACUAGGAAUCACGUCAUUAAUUAGAGAGGCAAUGUCAGCUGGAGAUUCGCACGAACAAGGUCGUCUCGUCUAUCGGUAUGGAGGACUACCAGUCGGAACCUUCGUCCAAGAACCGGUCAGACCAAUGAUGCCUUCAAUUGCUCAUGCGCUGAUGAUGGAUCAGACCCAUGAUAAUCCGAGCCCCAUCACCAAACGAAGCGUUUACGACGUUCUCCCCACCGCCGCGAUGGUAUCAAUGGCUGGCUGUGCAACGGGAAGCAAUCGUGGCUUGGAUGAGUUUGUUCCACAUCACAUUCAUGUCGUUCACGAGUCACGCUUCUACUCAAGUUGGUCAUCUGAAGAUUCGGUCAAGGCAGGAGUCGUGAGUAAGAAGAGUGGGAUCAUAUCGGCGAAGAAAGUGCUCAACAAGCUGCAUAUGAAACUAGGACAGGAAGGAUUUAGUGAGGUAUUUGUCGACCAAAUGGACUACGAUAUCGUCGCUGUGACAAGGCAUCAUCCGACCACUCAUGCAAGAAUAGUGCUCGUGACAUACACUGCUUUUUCAUACCCAGGUUGCGACUUUCACAGAACGGGUAACGUCAAAGAUCUAGCAUUCGAAGGUGUCUUGGAAGACGUUUUGUUCGAAGCUCGACUCAAACCGAGUGACCCUGGACGAGGAAACUUCCCAACUCCGUCUGCAUUUGAAAAAGAUGGCACCUUCAUCAACGCCGUGCAAGGUUUUGAAUGCGUCGUCAAAGAAAACUUUCCCGUAGGCGAGUCCAAAUUUGUAAAAUUGGAAGGAAAUACUAUCAAGUUUGUCAACUUCCAGCCUGGAUCGGUCAUUGCAUUUCGGAUAAAUCCUCCCUCAUCCGUCACUGAGGCUGUAGUUGCUCUAAGGGAACUCAUUUGCAAGGACCAUCUCAAGCAGACAAUUGCGCCCAUGACAUUUAACGAUUUGAACACGACGCUCUACAAGUGCGAAGAGGAAGAGAAAAACUUUUCUGGAUUCGGAUUGUACAACAUUCCCAAUUUUGGGACCUUUGUAUACGCUGGACUCCAAGGCAUUCACAGCACUUUGGCCGACGUACGAUUAAGGAAUGACACUGGACACCCGAUAUGCGACAAUCUACGAGCUGGGGACUGGUUAAUGGAGUACACAUAUUCUCGCCUGCUCAAAACCGAAGGGACAAAGCCGCUCGGCAUAUUAAUGCAAAAGUGUGCAGAUGAGAUGCACAAAAUACCACGAUAUCUAGUACCUCGCUAUUUCGACCUGAUUAUACGAAACGUGUACCUGUCUUGCAUCGAUGAGGCAUGGAAUAAGAUGUCACCCUUCGUCCAAAACUCGUCCCCCUUUGUGAAAGCUUUAUCUCUCGGCUCAGUACAGUGUUGCGGAUUGAGUUUGUCUGGACCGCUGCCCAACCUUUCACCAAAUCUGGUCGGACCAAAACCUAGUAUGAUCAAAUCUGUGGAUGGUCAUGAGGUCCAGGAUUGUGGAUCACUUUGUGCUGGCCUUCCUCAUUUUUCUACCGGUUACAUGCGAAAUUGGGGAAGAGACACGUUCAUCUCACUGCCUGGUCUUUUAAUUUUGACUGGAAGACAUGCCGACGCAAGGAAUCAUAUCCUCGCCUACGCUUCAGUGCUAAGACACGGACUGAUACCAAAUCUGCUCGACCGUGGCACCAACUCGAGAUACAACUGUCGCGACGCCACAUGGUUUUGGCUUCAAGCAAUCAAAAUCUAUGUUGAAAAUGUUCCCUUUGGAGAAGGAAUUUUAAAAGACAGAGUUUCAAGAAUGUGGCCUAAUGAUUUUGGAGGUGCAGUUUUAGAUCAUUCGGUGGAACAAUCCCUCGAAGACGUAAUGCACGAAACAUUGCAACGACAUUUUGAAGGGAUAAGUUUUCGUGAAAGGAACGCCGGGAAUCGGAUUGAUGGUCAUAUGCAAGACGAAGGAUUUAACGUUGUCGCUGGUGUAGAUUUAGAAACUGGGUUCGUUUAUGGUGGAAAUGCUUUCAAUUGUGGAACUUGGAUGGACAAGAUGGGAAGUAGUGACAAUGCCGGCGUGAGAGGUGUCCCUGCCACUCCACGAGACGGUUCCGCCGUUGAACUGGUUGGAUUAUCUGCCAGCGUUCUCAAGUUUCUGGCCGAAAUUCAUUCCGCUGGGAAAUACAGUCAUAGUUCAGUGCAAAGGACGGAUGCAGAUGGAAAAACGAUCACUUGGACCUUAUCUGAAUGGAACUCAAAAAUCCAAAAGAACUUUGAAAGUAAGUUUUGGAUCGCUGAGAAUCCCAGCGACAGGUGCCAUGAUCCACACGAAAAUCUUAUCAAUCGUUCCGGAAUAUAUAAGGAUUCAUAUCGUGCCUCCUCCCGAUUCUGUGAUUAUCAAUUACGACCCAACUUUUUAAUCGCGAUGGCUGUCGCACCGCACUUGUUCACUCCAAGCAAUGCAAUUAUCGCUCUUGGGAAAGCGAAAUCCAUCCUACUUUCUGAACUUGGCAUGAGAACGUUGGACCCCUCGGAUUGGAAUUAUGACGGAAAUUAUGAUAAUAGCAACGACUCCGCGGACAGGAAGGUUGCACAUGGUUUCAACUAUCACAACGGACCGGAAUGGCUGUGGCCUGUUGGCUUCUAUUUGCGAGCUUAUCUCAAAUUCUGUACCCAAAAUGGACAGAAGUCGGACGCAAUUCGUCACGUACGUCGCGUCAUUUCCAAGCACUGGCGAUACGUUCAGGCCUCACCGUGGAAAGGGCUGCCUGAAUUAACCAAUUUGGAUGGGGCUGAAUGCUGGGGAAGUUGCCGAGUUCAAGCGUGGAGUAUGGCGACAAUGUUGGAGGUUAUAAAGGAUUUAACAGAGCUAGAAAAACACUCAUAGUGCGCGAAAUUUCGUUUAGAUCAUUCCUCUACUUCAAUUUUGACGGCGGAAUAAUGUAGUAAACUGAUCACGUUAUUUAAUCCAAAUGAAAAUCAUCUUUCGUUGCAAAUACUGAGACUUUAGUAGCAAUAAAUAAGUGGCAAUACAUAGAGCUAGUAAUAUAUGUCGUAGUGUUACAUAUGUACUCGGAUAUACAUAAUAUGUGUCAAAAUGUGUCAAUGUCUUGUGUUCCAAAACUGCCAUAUUUUUAACUAGAGCAGGAAUCGCUAGCCAAUUAAAAAACAAGUAGUAAUACGUAAAGAAAUCGUGUAGUAAGAAUACUCAGCAAUAUCAUGUCGUAGGUUAUAAAUAACUAAAUAAAUCUGAAUAAGUACGUGUACUUUUCUUAUUAAAUUGAAAA